UUCAGCUGGUUUUGCAAAGGGUGGUGUCCGGAGGCUUCACCCGCGCGUUUUUUCCGCAAUAGCGAGCACGUCUACGGUAGCUCGGUUCAUCCUCUGACAAUCGCUUUCGUAUACACAAUGCCAUAAGGAACCUUGCGCAACAUCAGCUCUGCACAUUGCCAGCAACCAAGCCAGCACCUACAAUAAGUCUUGCCGAUGCCCGACACUGCAAUAGAGCAUAUAUUACUCUAUUCCACGGCCGUGCCACUGCUUCCACACAGCAAUAUCACAACAUAUACCUAACAUCAUCAUCACGAUCCCGCUGUUUUGGCUCAACGCCGUGAUGAAGAAGAGGACGAGGAUUACGUAGCCGAGGCACCCAUCGGUCGGACUGAAUGCGUGGCGGGGCCCUUCUGCUCGCCCUGGCCUGGCUCCAGCAAAGUCUGGGGUACAGGCCCGAGGCCGCAGACUACGUCCAAAGGGCCCCUGCUGGACCCAACGCUGGCCAUGUCCAACGGGCCCCUGCUGGUGCCUCCCUAGACUUCGCCCAACGAGACCCUGCCAGACACCCCGCUGACCACGUACAACGGGUCGCGGCUGGUCCCUCCACAGGCGACGUCCAAGAAGCACCUGCGGGACUUCCCGCUGACUACGCCCAGCGGGAACGCGCGGACUACGAUGCCCGGGAGCCCAAGCCCGAGAGAAUGCUCCGCCAGCAGGAGCCCAGGCGGUGCCGAGAUGACGUCUACAUGGACCUAAGGGCCGUCUGCGAGCAGCAUCUCGACGAGAUCAUGCGCCUCUAUACCAAGGGCGACCACGGCCAGUCAUGCAAGCGACUCCGCCAGUACACAAGCUGCGUGGGCCGGGCCCUGAACCGAACACACUGCAACCGGGUCCCCGAGCUCGAGCAGCGGGAACGACAGCGGCUACGGGCCAACGUCAACGACUAUAACUGGAGCUGCUCCAUGAGCAAGCAGGAGUACGCCGGCUCAGGCGGCUGCGACGGUCGGGCGAUGAUCAACCAGCACAUGAAGUGCGGCUCCACUUUCCAGACCACCGUGAGCUCCAUCAACGUCUACAUGGAGGGCGACAGGGCCUGCCGCGCCGUCAAGGAGUACAAGGCGUGCGUGAGGCCCAUCUUCCAGAGCGACAACUGCCAGGCGAAUCAGGAACUGAUGGAUCGGCUGCUCCGAUUUUCGCACACGGUGCUCAAAGAGUUCAGCUCUGCUUGCAGCAACGACAGGAAAGACGCCGGGGUGUACCAGGACGCUCCGCCUCUUAGAAGAGAUGCACAGCCCGAGGACGACGAGGAGACCCCGAACAGAGUUUGCCGUUUCGAACAGCUGCGACAGAAGGUACUGCUGUGCCAGAAAGAAGGUUACAGCAUCAUUCGGACGCGAGAUGCUCACGCCAAGACGGACAUCUGUGAGGAGCUCAGGGUAUUUCGUGACUGUGCUGUCGGGGCACUGAAAGGGACCCACUGUGCCAAGGAAAAGAGCGCCCGACAGUUCGUGGUGACCACAAUCCGCGAGUCCUUCUCCAGGUUCGGCAUCGAAUGCACGGGUCUCUGGAACUCGGCGACACGCUCGUCGAUUGGCGAUCUGACGCGUGUCGUGUUGGCGCUCAGUUUGUCCGCCAUGUUGCUAAGAAGGGCUUAGUUUAAAUCCGACCCUCUAUUAAAAAUA